ACACUCAUGUGAGAGGACAGGAACGCAUUUACCGGGAGAUGGAUAACAAUGACAGACAGUCCAUAGACAAUACAGAAUUUAACUUCUGUGCAUCGACAGCAACUUUGUAACGACACUACUGUAGCUACGAGUUGGUUGAACAUUAUUGUGAAUAUGCAUCUGAAGUGCAUAUGCACUCUCUUCCAUCAAUUAUGCUUUGUCGGAGCGUUUGCAGUUGCAGAUCCGCAUCCAUUCCAGGAGUCUGAAAUCGUAUUCCCGGAGGUUUUUCCAGACACAACCCCAACGGCUCCCGAUAAACCAAAUAGCGCCGGGAGCAGUUCUCGGGAGGUCCGUUCCAUUUCAAACUGGGACGAAUACGAGUCUCCAGUGCUGUACCAUUUGGAACCUCCGAGACCGCAAACACGACUGAAACUAAAAAUUCCAGCUUUUGGCAGAGACUUGCAUAUCAUAGUGAAGAGAGACACCCGGUUUCUGUCCCAGAAAUUCAUGGUGGAGAGGAGACAGAAAGCACGAAAGGCAUCUCCAAGCAACGGGCCAGGUUCGACCGCUGCCAACUCAGAGAAAGCGUGCUUUUACAGCGGGACUGUUCUCAAUUACAAAGGAUCUGUCGCCUCAUUCAGCACCUGCGCAGGACUGAUGGGUUUCAUUCAGAUCAAUAAUGAUUUCCUCUACAUCGAGCCUGUGAACCAGACAUUGGCUGUCACAGGACAGGCUCAUCGCGUGUACCGGAGGAAACGCUCAACAGAAGAGAGGACAUACAAACAGACAGACAACACCACAGAGAAACAAACAACUGGCCACUACUGCGGAGUCAUUCCUGAAAAACUGAGAAAUAAGACCAAGAGACCCACUGAAGGGGGGAGAGGGAAGAGGUACUCGUACAAGCUACUUCAAGAGUACAACAUUGAGACACUGGUAGUGGUUGACCCAGCAAUGGUCAGCUAUCACGGCACUGAGGCAGCUAAACGUUUCAUCCUCACUAUCAUGAACAUGGUUUUCAACUUAUUUCAGCACAAGAGCUUGGGCAUUCAGAUGAAUAUCAGACUGACUAAACUAGUGCUGCUUCAUGAUACCCCCACAGACAUGUAUAUUGGGCACCAUGGGGAGAAGAUGCUGGAGAGCUUCUGCCGCUGGCAGCAGGAGGAGUACGGAAGGAAGAGCGUCCUUUCUGACUUCAGUACCCGGUGGAGAGAGGACCUUCCCUCCGUGGACACUGCCAUUCUCAUCACACGGAAAGAUUUCUGCGUGCAUAAGGAUGAACCAUGUGACACUGUAGGUAUUGCCUACCUAAGUGGUAUGUGCAGUGAGAAAAGGAAGUGCAUUCUGGCUGAAGACAAUGGGCUCAACCUUGCCUUUACUAUUGCCCAUGAGAUGGGUCACAAUAUGGGCGUUAGCCAUGACAAUGACCACCAGUCAUGUGCAGAUGGUCUUCACAUCAUGUCGGGUGAGUGGGUCAAAGGGCAAAAUCUGGGUGACGUGUCCUGGUCCAGCUGUAGCCGUGGAGACAUGGAGAAGUUCUUGAGGUCCAAAUCCAGCAGCUGUCUCCUUCAGACUGACCCUCUGAGCCUGAAUUCAGCGAUUCUGCCCUCCAAGCUCCCAGGGAUGACCUACACUGCAGACGAACAGUGUCAGAUCCUGUUUGGCCCCAGUGCAUCACACUGCAAGAACAUGCAGUAUGUGAUGUGCUCUGGCCUAUGGUGUCUCGUGGAUGGAGAGAAAGACUGUAAGACCAAGCUGGAUCCCCCUAUGGAUGGUACAGCGUGUGACACUGGCAAGUGGUGUCGUGCUGGGGAUUGUGUGAGCCGGGGGCCACCGACGGAGCCCACAAUGGGAGAGUGGAGCCCCUGGGGCUCCUGGAGAGCUUGCAGUCGAACUUGCAGCACCGGGGUCAGCGGCAGGCAACGCAAGUGUGAGAGCCAAAGGUUGAGCUGGAAGAGCCGGGACUGCAUUGGCCUCAAGAUGCAGUACAGGCUGUGUGAGAACAUGCCCUGCCCUUCCGGCAUCCCCAGCUUCAGAGACCAGCAGUGCCAGACUUUCAACCGCCCCUCCCUCCACUGGCACGCAGUCAUGGACGACGAGAGGCCAUGCACACUGUUCUGCUCCUCCUCUGGGAAGGAACAACCCCACCUCCUGUCUGAAAAGGUCCUUGAUGGGACUUCCUGUGGUCCACAGGAAGCAGGUCUCUGUGCCAACGGGACUUGUCAGAAAGUGGGCUGUGAUGGGAUCCUUGGCUCCAUGGCCAGAGAAGAUCACUGUGGAGUAUGUAACGGCAACGAAAAGUCCUGUAAGGUUGUCAAGGGAGAUUUCAACCAGACGGGAGGUGCAGGCUAUGUGGAAGCAGUGGUUAUUCCUAAAGGGGCCAGGAGAAUAAGAGUGGUGGAGCAAAUACCCGCUCAGAGUUAUCUGGCUCUCAAAGACACGAGCAAGCAUUCCAUCAACAGCAACUGGAAGAUAGACCACCCAGGUUCUUUCAACAUGGCAGGCACAACAGUCCACUAUGUCAGGAGGGGACUCUGGGAGAAAAUGUCUGCCAAGGGUCCCACCACAUCUCCUCUGCAUCUUAUGGUGCUGCUGUUCAAUGAGCAGAACCAUUGCAUCCACUAUGAGUACACCAUCCCUACAGAGGCCAGCCCAGAGUUCCAGGGAGGACUGGGAGCAGGCCCCAAGCCAUCUGAGCCUCUCUUCAUGUGGACCCACUCUGGGUGGGAGGACUGCGAUGCUGUGUGUGGAGGAGGAGAAAGAAAGACUAUUGUCACCUGUAGCAAAAUUGUCAACAAAACUACAAGCGUGGACAACAGAAAAUGCCGGCACCUCACCAAACCUGAGCCUCAAGUUCGCAAGUGUAACGAGCAGCCCUGUCAGAUGAGGUGGAUGAUGACAGAGUGGACUUCCUGCUCUCGUACCUGCGGUAAGGGCUCUCAGAAUAGACAAGUGGCCUGCACCCUCCAGUUAUGCAAUGGGACUCGUGUCAAGGCCAAGGACAAGGACUGCGUCGGGCCCAAACCUGCCCAUAUGCAACGCUGUGAAGGACAGGACUGUCUCACUGUGUGGGAAGCUGGGGUCUGGUCUGAGUGUUCCGUCAAGUGCGGUCGAGGGGCACGUCACAGGCUCGUUAAGUGCACCAACCCACGCAAGAAGUGUGAUCUGACAACCCUGCCCCGUGAGGUGGAGGAAUGUGAGGACUACUCCAAGUGCUACAUCUGGAGGACAGGAGACUGGGCCAAGUGCUCUGUGACUUGUGGCAAAGGCAUGCAGUCCCGGGUGAUCCAGUGCAUGCACAAGAUCACCGGGCGUCACGGCAACGAGUGUUUCUCCUCGGAAAAGCCGGCAGCAUACCGACCAUGUCAGCAGCAGGCAUGCAACGAGAGGAACAACGUCAAUACCAUCACUUCACCGCGCUUGGCUGCCCUUACUUUCAAAUGUUUACGGGACCAGUGGCCAGUGUACUGCAAAGUCAUCCGUGAGAAGAACCUGUGCCAGGACAUGCGCUGGUACCAACGCUGCUGUGAAACCUGCCGGGACUUUUAUGCACAGAAGAUGCAGCAAAAAAGUUGACAUUCUCUUCCUCCCCUCUUCUAGGGAGCAUACUGUUCAUGAUUCCUUUUAAUGUCAAUGAACACGUGCACUUAUUCCAACACACAGAACAGUCUGAACAAGUCUCACCAAACCAACACCACGCUAUUGGCAUUGUACAUUUUUUAUUAUUAUAUUAUGCUCUAGGUCCUUUGAUCAUACAGAAACAACCAGCUAUGUUUCACUUAUAAGUGUGCAAUUGUUGACUAGCCUUCAUCCGAUAUUUGUUGUGCUUGUACAAGUCUACCAAGUCAAAAGUUCUAAUAUUCUUCAGUUAUUUUUUUUUUAUGGUAAUGGUGCUAAUUGUUUUUAUACUUUUCUACAAUUUUCUAUAAUGCUGUACUUAUUUCCACAGUCGUUAUUUCUUUGGCCUACACGUUGCAAGUAAAGUCUAAUUACACCCUUAAAUUCAGAUAUUAAAAGUUUGGAGCAAUUCAAAGGUGGUUGGUUAAAUUUAGCAAACAAAUUAUCAAGGGAAAUAAUCCCCAGUUGGAUGUCAAAUAAUUACGCUAUUCAAACUCAUGAACACAAUAUGGCCAAAUAUUCUGAUCUAACAUUUUUUACAAUCCUAGAUGCUCCAUCAGUGCAAGAGGACAAUCUGCUGUACAUCGUUCUUCACAAAUUAACUAUUUUAACAGUUUUGAAAGUGCUAUUCCACACUCCUCUACUUGAAUAUAGAUAUGAAACACUGUACAUGUUUACACUGAAGUACUGCUGCACUGGCAUGGGUUCCAAUGAACCUUCAGUUUGGACAUCACAUGUUGCAAAAUUACUGCUUGGUUUAUGUCUUCUGUUAUUGGCUGAGAAGAAGUUGUGGAUGAGUGUAUCUGAGUGAUAUGGAAUGAUUAUAGGAUUUUUUUGAGAGACAAAGCAACUUUAAACUGAAGUUCCUCCUAUGUAUGUAGCAUAUUUUCUUCCCCUUCAUGCAGUUGUCUUGGAGAAUAAACUUGUAUAUAUUUCUAUCAAAAAAUAAAGAUGAAUUCACCUUG